UUUAUCACUUGUUGUUCAUGUCAAGAUAAAUCGAUAUGUAAAAAAUUCUUGAGUUUUAAUAAACACACCUACGUGUUUUUACCUUUUUGUGUCACUCGGUAUACGUAGUGAGCUACUUCUAGGGAUACUUUUGAUUCAGGAGAAAUAUUUCAAAUGCGGCCCAUAAAUGCACCUAAAAGCUACUACCAAAUUCUAACAGAGAGCUCAUUAAAACACACGAUCUUUUGAAUGCAAUGCUUUUACAUCUUGCAUAUUGGCAAUAAAAUGUUUUGGAAGCCUUUAUGGUCCACCGGCUAUAUUACGAUGUUCACUAGAAGAAUCUAACAACGUACGGAAAUCACCUAUAGCCCAAAAUGACUUUGCCAUACAAACUAACAUAUUUCAAUGUUACUGGACUUGGAGAGCCAAUAAGGUUCCUAUUCACAUAUGGAAACAUCGAGUUCGAGGAUUCUCGGAUUGACGAUUUCGAAGAGUGGAAAAACAAAAUAAAGCCAACCAUGCCUUUCGGACAAAUGCCCAUACUAGAAUAUGAAAGUAAAGUAGCUCACCAGAGCUUAGCUAUUGCAAGGUAUGUCGCCAAAAAGGUGGAACUAGUAGGCAAAAAUGACUGGGAAGAUUUGGAAAUCGACGCCGCUGUGGAUACACUUAACGACCUUAAGAUAAAAUUGUCAAGCUUCCAUUACGAGUCCGAUGAGAAUAUCAAGAAGUCAAAAAUGGAAUUAGUACUCAAGGAACAAUUGCCUUAUUAUUUGAAGAAGUUAAACGAUCAGGCGGAGAAGAAUGGUGGACAUUUAGCCUGUAAUAGGUUAACUUGGGCCGAUAUGUACCUGGCUGGCAUAGCAAAAUACUUCAACUACGUGGCUCAAAAAGAUAUAUUUGCAGAUGCACCCGCGCUCAAGAAAGUUUGUGAUUACGUAUACAACCUGCCCAGUAUAAAAGCCUGGAUGAAUAAGAGUCCUAAAACUCUGUUUUGAUUUUGAACUAAAUUUCUAUUUAUUUAUUCAAUUCUAUACCACCAGUGGGUAUUUUGGCAUCAUUCAUUAAUUUUAUAUUAAGUUCUAUUAUGAAAUAAAGAGUUUUUUUUAACAAAUGCAUUUUAUUUGAUAUGGUUAAAAUGUUAAUUACAAUGCUUAACAUCUAUUAAAUACAUUUCAUUUAUACUAAAAAUGUAGAACUUUAAAAAAUAGUUAUUAAAUAAUUCAUAUAUAAAUGCAAUAUUAAUGAAAUAAUUACAGUCCUUAAGUAUACGUAACAGUAGAAAAGCGAGAGCAACAGAGGAGGAAGAUUUUAUACAGAAAAGAUUGUAUUUUUUAUGAAACGAGAUACUAGUAUACUAUAAAGACUUUGGACAUAAAUAGCAUAAAACUGAUAUGUACUGAGCGCCUUAUAAGUAAUAUAAGUUCAAGAAACCUGCUUUGACUAGCAACAGAUCUAGCAACAUGCUCUAGUCCAUAAUAUGGAUCAAAAUAUCAUCAAAACGGGAGUCCGACAACAGACUGGUACAACGCCACCCAGCGUUCAUAGGGCAGACGUGUAGAUUUUCCGUGUAAAAGAAAUAAGUAACACCUAGUAAGUACACUCUCAUAUACAGUACUUUUUAAAAGUAUGCCCCUCCUCCUUGAACAGGUCAAGUUAACAGAUUGAAAUUCGGAAUGGAGAAAUAAAUGCAUAAAUACUACAUUUGUUGGAACAUUUUUUUAAAUGAAACAGGGGGUCGUGCGAAGACUCAUGUUGACGCUCUUCAAGAGUAGCUGUAUUUCAUAAUCUUAGAAAAUAACAUCACUAUGAUUGAAAAUGGUGGACUGGCAAUCAAUCAAAGUUGAGCGUUUUUAUACAUUGAAUCGCUUAUAACUGAACAAUUAAUUAUCAAAACGCUAUAGUCUAGUAUAUCAAUCUGGGAAGGAUCUAUCCGAAUAAGCAAUAAAAUGUGGACGAUUCCUUUAAAAAAAUUAUAUAUCUCUUUUCUAACUGAAUGUCCCAUGAUUUAUUGAACAUUCAGAUGGACUUUUGCAAAAGAAGAUUGAUAUAAGAUGCUAUAACUUUUUGUUGAUAUAUUGUUGAGUCUAAACAAUGCAAUGUACAAAAUCCGUCUAUUUUGGGUUACAAAGUACUUAUCUUAAAAUAUAGUAUCCAUGCUUGGAUUUUAUACACUCCGAGUUUCAGGUUACUAACUUGAUCUGUUCAAAACAUAAUUAGGGAGAAAGGCCGUUCUGAAAAGCCCUGUAUACUCAAUAUGAUUCCACGUUAUCAUCAACACCAAUCAAGAGUAUUGAAAACUAAGUUAGUCAGUUACUGAAAAUAUACAAAACUGCUGAACUGUUUCGUAUAAGAAAGAAGUAGAACAAUGUAUCUUCAGUAUUCAAAAGAUCUUGCGUAUACAGAACUCCUAAAGCCGCCAAUUGUAUACAUUAGUAACAUACCAAUUUAGUUUUAAAUUCUCUUUGGUGGUGCUCUCAAAAAGUAUAUAAUAUAUCUCUAAUGAGAAAAAAAUGCCCAUUUAUGUCCUACUAUUCCCUAAAAAACUAAAAAGUACGCAACGUAGAUGUCGUCUUCAUGCGUAUAUACGAGUAGGUAUUUGGCGAAUAUUUAUUAAAUAACGAAUACUUAGUGUGCAUGAUGCAUGGUUUAGUCACACUUACAGGGUUACUGGCAAUUCGGCGCACUUCUUCAAGGACAUGUAGGAAACCCAAAAUGCAACGUAUUUGAUCACUUGAUUAGUGGUUUGUCAAGACUCUCAGUUUUUGCGAUUUAUUAACAAUCACCCAAAACCAGGCAUUUCAGAAUUAAUAAUUAAAACGCUACGUGAGAAAGGCGUGCGAAUUCAAUUAUUUUUCAUAUUUAGAAGUUAAGGUAACAUAACACAACCAUUGAAAAUUCAAAAUGCUACACAAAAUACAAUAACUGGUAAUCUGAGAAAUAAAAUAGCUUUCGUAUUCGGUUUCAUUCACAAAUCAUGCUCAAUGGAAGCCUCUUACUUAGUUGCAGGAUAGAGGUUUGUAUUUAGUUUCUAGAUCCUACUGUAAUUCCUAAUUGAAUUUCAAUAUUUAAGGUGGUGGUUUUAUUAAGUUUUUGAAAAAUUUGCUGGAAAGCUGAAAGCAAUAGUUAUUAUCGUUAGCUACCUCUCUGUACGGAGGCAGAAUACCAUCCAAUUGCGUAACUGCUAAGCAUUUGUGUGUAAUGUGUGUCGAUAAGUAUCUCCUGCCUUGCGAGAUAGCUCGUUUGGAACAACAAGAAAUUAGUAGCUAAGCAAGGUGUUUCCUAACUGAAUAUCCAUACCUAUUCAAAAGGGCGAUUUUUGAUUCCAUUUUAAGAAGAAAACUUCAUAUGAACAUAUGUCUCAAACAUCUUAACUUUUGAGAGGCAGGAUGGACAAAGUUUUUAAUAUAGAAAAUCAGUGGUACGGCACUGACUUUGAAUUUGUUUAACACACCGUUAAUGUCACCCAUACCGUUAAUGUCUGUCAAAAUUGGCUAGUGAAAUUUCGUACAACCACCACCUGAUGGAAUUAAAAAAAUAUAGUAUACAUUAAAAAAUGGAUCUUGAUGCAUAGUACAUGUAUGUAAGUAUAUUUCAUCAAAAUAUCUAAAGUGGUAUUCACAGAUAAUAAAAAGUGGUUGAUGCUUGAAAGCUUUACCACCCUGUGGCUCAAAAGCUAUGAGGUUUAGAACAUACGUUCAUAUGAAAUUUUCUUCUUGAAGUGGACCCAAAAAUCGUUACAUUAAAUAUUGAGAUUUAGUCAGGAAACACCCUGAAUGGAUAUUUUUGAGUAAUUUAUAUGAUCAAUGACCAAGCAACUUUUAAAGCUAGACACAACUUUGUUCUAAGAAAGACUGAAAACGAAAACUAUUACUUUUCAAAAUAGCUUUAUUUUAUCAUGUUCAGUAUUUCUUUAUAUGAUUGUAUUCACUUAAUAAACUACGAAACCUAAUCGUAAUCAAAAAACCUCAUAGAUUGAUGAAAAACACAAACAUUAUGAAAACUUCAACACUAUUGAUUUUUGCCCAUACAUAUAUGAGGUCAAAUGUGUUGCCUUUUUGGGUCCCCUAACUCUGUCCCACAGCUCUGUAAAAAUACCAAAUAUUAACAAUUCAUGAGUUUUGUCUACCUUACACGAGAAGUGACUUUUCAAUAUCUGCAUUAGCCCAACUAAGUAGUUACAUGCAAUAGCGAAUAGCAAUUAUUCACCGAAUACCAACAUAAUUGUAUGGGUGGCACAUAAUAUAAGAGCAGUUAGAUUUUUGCCUGUAAACAACAAUUUAUAGCAUUGACGUCAGUCAGCUAAUUGUAAUACCUUAUUAUUUCAAAAACAGAUACAUUGAACACGUCAUAAUCAGUAAUUAAAAUAAUUCAGUGAACACAACAACAUUGAAUUUCAGUUUAUAUGGAGAUAUACUCAAUGUAACUGUUGAAACUUAUCGUGUGGUUGUCUCGCUUGUCCCCUAUUCAUUUCCAUGUUGUCCUGGUAGCAAAAUAAAAUUACAAAUGGAGAAAAUUUCCAAAGUCCAAAAACUUUGAAAUGCAACAUUAAACUAAUUUUCUUCGACAUAUGUGCAUUUGUUUAGAGGCUAAAAGGAUAUUGAAAUAUAUUGAGACUUCUGCCAUAAGUAGAGAACAGUAGCAAAUUGUAGGGGGAAGAGAAGGGUUUUCACCAUCCAAGGCUGCAAAAAAUUCUGUUAUCUCACCGACAUACGAAAGCGUUAAUUUACCUUCCUAAUGUUUCCAACAAAACUGAUAAUCCCAAUAAUAAGUCAACCUAACUCCGCUUCUGGUACUGGCCUUUCCCUAAUCACAGUGAAUCAGCGUCAUCUACAACUUCCUUAUCUUCUUAUACGUAAUAGUUUUUAGUAUAUAGUGUACUUCAGAAAGAUCCUCCCAACUUAUUUUGUGAGCGGGUGAAAUCUAGGGUGAUGAAUUUCAACAAUUUGUAACAAUUUUUUAAUUAGAAUGUGGAGUCAAGUGAAGCUCAUUCUGAAGCUCCUUAUGAGUACUUUAUAAUCCUAGAAUAUGAAAUCA